UCCCAUUCUCGAAUCAUGGUUCAGACGCGUUGACUCUGUCUCCAUACAAGAAAGCAGUUUUGCUAAUAAUCAACUUGGUACACCAACAAGUAACAAGUAAGAACUUUCUCUGAUCUGUUGCUCAAACCUCACACCAAUCAAUAGCUAAAUAAUAAAACAAUUAAGUAUGGCAGCAUCACUAGUAGGAGGAGCUGCAGUAGGUGCUGUGUUUGGAGAACUGCUAAAAGCGGUCCUGGCAAUGAAAGACAAGGCCAUGAUGUUCAGACAAACCUUAGCGCACCUGAGAACAACGUUAACAGCAAUCGCUCCUGUGGUCAAAGAGAUAGAGAACCACAACAAUGAAUUGGGUCGUCCAAAGGAAGAGCUUGAAUCCCUCAUGAGAGAAAUGGAACAAGGCACCAAGCUCGUCUACAAGUGUUCCAAGAUCCGCAAGUUGAAUUUCAUCGCCAGGAUCCGGUACCAAGAACAGCUGGUGGCGUUGGUAGAAUCUUUGGUCAAGUUCUUCAUGAUUGAUUUGCAGGCUCAGACAGCCAGAGAUUUGAAGGAGACUCUGCUUGAGGUCAGGAAAAUAAGCAGUGAAGUGAGUAAAUUAUCCUCUGCAUCACAUUUACGGUGCUCUUCUUCUGGUCACGUCUCUUUAUCCGCUGAUUUGGGCCAUUUAGAGAUACACGAAACAAGUUCGCCGUCUUUGGGAUCUAAUGCUUUUGUGAAUCGCCAGAGCCAAUCCAUUUUCAACACAAACAUCAAAGCCGACGAGUCAAGUAGUCCAACUGACUCUGUUACAAUAACGUUCCCCGAUUUCCAAGGGUCUUCUAGUAAUUUCCAUAUUGAUGAGUUGUUAGGUGCUUCGGGAGAGGUUCUUGGGAUGACGAGUUAUGGAACGUUUGCUUACAAAGCGAUGUUGGAGGAUGGGACGACGCUGGUUGUGAAAAGGCUGAGAAAUGUGGUGGUGGGGAAGAGUGAGUUUGAUCGGCAGUUGCUGAUUUUGCAAAGGCUUUCUAGGCACCCGAAUAUUAUGCCCCUUCUUGCUGGCUAUUAUUCCAAGGAUGAGAAGUUGCUCAUUUACGACUACAUAGCCAGCUGCAACCUUUCCGAUCUGUUGCAUGAGAAAAGGAAGAAUGGAAUGCCACUACUAGAUUGGGAUUUGAAACUGAAGAUUUUACUUGGAGUUGCAAAGGGUGUUGCUCAUAUCCACUCAUCAAGUGAAGGAGAAUUUGUUCAUGGCAACAUUAGCACAUCCAAUAUACUUGUCACAGCAGAUAUUAAAGGUUGCAUAUCGUAUUUUGGCUUGCAUUCUAUAUUCAGUGGCAAAUCAACCAAUCUUUUUACACGAAAUAAAGGGUAUUACGCGCCGGAGGUUAUUCGAACUGGAAUUCUGACUCAAAAAUCUGAUGUGUACGGAUUUGGUGUUGUUCUUUUUGAGAUACUAACUGGAAAAUUGUCAUCUGAGUAUAAUAAUAAUGAUCUUCAGAGCUCAUUUAACAAUUCGAUUCGCGAUGACAUGCAUGGUCGAAUGCUAAGGAAGAUGAUGCUACUAGCAGAGGCAUGCAUGGCAAUAUCACCUGAAUUGAGACCUUCCAUGGAUGAGGUUGUUAAGAAACUGGAAGUAGUCCAAGUUGUUGUGUCAUGUAUUGUGUAUGGUUUGAAGCCUUUUCCAUAUUGAGCAGAAUUUAAAGUGGUUAUUAGGAAAAGUCUAGGGGCCAGCAACUUUGUUAAAUUUUGGCCAGCAUCUAACCAGCAAAGAAAAGUGAGUAAUUGGAUGAAAUCUCACACUCAUCUCAUACCAUUAAAACUAUCAUUCAUGGCUAUUUGAUGGCUACAAAUCACAAAGUUGCUGGCCACAUAACAUUCCUCGUAGUUAUUAUAUACACUUUUUUUUUUAAGGAAAGAGAGGGUUAAAUUCAUGAGGAGCAAUGAUAUUUAUCCCUGCCAUAUUUUGUAUAUGGUUUGGAGCUUCUUCCAUUCUCAUUAAAUUUGGAUUGGUAAAUACCCAUUUUGCUAGUCCAUGUGCUACCCUAUUUCUAUUUCUUUUCACGUGAUUGAAACUAAGUGAUCUAAAUUCAGCAAUCAGAGAGUCUAUUGUCAAUGAAUGACCAAA